UCAAACGAACAGCUGACGCGAAUUCAACGUGAAAUAGAUUUUUUUAGACCAAAAUUGUUAGUUGUGUCGCGUAAUAUCCAAAGGUCGAUCGACUUUGCUCACGAAAAAUUACUUAAAACUGCGUCAAAAUGUGCAAAAAAGGCUUGGAUUUCAUCAAAACUGUGGCGACGUACAUGAGCAAAACCGACGGCUAUGACAGAUUGAUGAAAAAUGUAGUUUUCACUGCUGGCGGUUCUGGCAACGUAACUGCCGAGCUGAAAGUCGCUGCGGAACACUUGAAUCGUGGCGGAGGGCUUCAUGGAGGGUUUAUUGCAACGUUAAUUGAUCAAGUGACAACAAUUGGCUUGAUGACACAUCCGAAAAAUCCAAGUCCCGGAGUCAGUGUUGAUUUGUCAGUGAGCUAUUUAAAAGGAGCUCGUGAAGGCGAUGAUAUCGUAAUUGAUGCAAAAACGCUGAAAUCUGGUGCAAAUUUGGCAUUUACGACUUGUACCUUGACAAACAAAAAGGACGGAUCGAUCAUCGCUCACGGAAAUCACACAAAAUUCGUUGGAUCUGGAGGUCCUAAAAAGGAAUAAUCAACAAAAAAUUGAUUUUUAGUCGAAUAUUAUGAUAAAACUGAAAUUUAUUUCUAAGAAAUGAAUUCAAAAUUGCACCAAAACCGAAAUUUUAU